AUGUGACAUGUCAUCACUUUAAGGGCGAAAUUUGACAUGAGACUAAAUUGAUUAAGUAACAAAGUCCAUUUCAAUGGUUUCAUGGAUUACUCAAACUAGAUAUGUUUAGGUUAUUCCAUGCAACAUUGAAAACUUGCAUGCUCCUAAAACAUCAACUAAAGCCUCUAACGUAUUGUUGUUCAUUUCUCUCUCAAACCUCUCUCCAAUUCAAUGCCAUUUCCACACACCAUUUUGACCCUUUUCUAUCCACUCUAAUUCUUCAUCUGAAAUCUUCAUCAUCUGUCUCCAUUUGCAGAAUCAUUCAUGCCCAUGUGAUCAAAUCUCUUGAUUACCGUGAUGGGUUCAUUGGUGAUCAAUUGGUAUCUUGUUACCUUAAAAUGGGUCCAACAAAAGAUGCAUAUUUGUUGUUUGAUGAAAUGCCAAAGAAGGAUUUUGUUUCAUGGAAUUCUUUGGUUUCUGGGCUGGCGAAAAUUGGGCAGCUUGGUGAAUGCUUGAGUGUGUUUUGUAAGAUGAAAUCUGAUUCAGAAUUGAAAUUGAAUGAGUUUACGUUUUUAUCGGUUAUCUCGGCUUGUGUAUCGGAGAAAGCGUGUGAUGAAGGCUAUUAUGUUCACUGUUGUGCAAUGAAAUUGGGUUUGGUGUAUGAGGUGAAGGUUGUCAAUGCUCUUGUUAAUAUGUAUGGGAAGUUUGGCUUUGUUGAAUCGGCUUUUAGGUUGUUUUCGGAAAUGCCUGAGAGUGAGAAGAGUAUUGUGUCCUGGAAUUCAAUUGUUGCUGUUUGUGCCCAAAAUGGAAUGCCUAAUGAGGCUUUUAAUUGUUUUGAUAUGAUGAGGGUUAAUGGUUUUUUUCCUGAUGAUGCCACAAUGGUGAGUUUGCUUCAAGCUUGUGAAAAUUUUCCUUUGGGAAGAAUGGUAGAGGUUUUGCACGGCGUAAUCUUUACCUGUGGUCUUGAUGAAAAUUUAACAAUUGUGACUACCCUUUUGAACUUGUAUUCGAAGUUAGGGAGAUUGAAUAAUUCUCGUAAGGUAUUUGAAGAGAUAAGUAAGCCUGAUAAAGUGGCAUGGACUGCGAUGCUUGCAGGCUAUGCAAUGCAUGGGUGUGGGAAAGAAGCAAUUGAGUUCUUCGAAAGGAUUGUAAGGGAAGAAGGAAUGGAGCCUGAUCAUGUUACUUUUACUCAUUUGUUAAGUGCAUGUAGCCAUUCAGGGCUUGUCAAGGAAGGAAAAUACUUCUUCAGAGUUAUGUCUGAUGUUUACAAAGUUCAACCACGAUUGGAUCAUUAUUCGUGUAUGGUUGAUCUUCUCGGUCGAUGUGGUCUACUCGAUGAUGCUCAUGAGCUGAUUAAGAACAUGCCAUUUGAGCCAAAUUCUGGAGUUUGGGGUGCCCUUCUUGGUGCUUGUAGGGUUCAUCGGAACAUUGAUCUAGGGAAGGAAGCUGCCAAGAAUUUGAUAGCAUUAGAUCCGUCAGACCCUAGAAACUAUAUCAUGUUGUCUAACAUGUAUUCUGCUGCAGGUUUGUGGAAUGAUGCAUCAAAAGUGAGGACUUUAAUGAAGAAUAAGGUUCUUACUAGAAAUCAGGGAUGUAGUUUUAUUGAACAUGGGAAUAAAAUCCACCGCUUUGUUGUCGAUGAUUACACUCACCCUGAUUCGCACAGAAUACACAAAAAGUUGGAAGAGGUUAUGAAAAAAAUUCAAGAUGUUGGAUUUGUGCAUGAAACAGAAUCAAUUCUCCAUGAUGUUGAUGAGGAGGUGAAAAUAGAUAUGAUCACCAAACAUAGUGAGAAGAUAGCUCUUGCAUAUGGACUUUUGGUCACCAAUGCAGAUAUGCCGUUAGUUAUAAUAAAAAACCUAAGAAUAUGCCGUGAUUGUCACAACACUGUAAAAUUUGUGUCGAUGGUAGAAAAGCGUACUAUCAUUAUCCGAGAUACAAAGCGAUUUCACCAGUUCUCAGGUGGGUUAUGUUCUUGUGGUGAUUAUUGGUAGUGUUCAUCAGAGAAAGAGUUUAAGAGAUAACUCAAUGUGUUAUUCUGAAACAAGAGUACAUGAAGAACUACAUAGUGUGAAGUCUUUGCCACACAUGAUGAAGUGUAGAGAGACGAUUUUUUCCUAACAAAGAAGAGAUCAAGCUUUAUAUAUACAGAAGGUGUAGCAAUUGAAACCUGGAGUUCAUAAAUGAAGGAUUACACCCUAUGAAGCACGGAUACGGACACCGGAUACGACACGGAAAUUGACAUGCCGACACCGCUAAUAAUUUUGAAAAUCACAUAAUUUGGUGUAAUUAUAUAUGUCGGUGUCAGACACGACACAUGUUAGAUAUUGAGACACGCCUAAUCCGAGGAGUGUCCGUGCUUCAUAGAUAUACCCAAUGUGAUUUUGCUGCAGAAAGGGUCUAGCUUCGAUGUUCAAUCUCAGUGCUAGAAUGAGCUACAAUGAUUGUUUCUUAGAGCACUAAGAUUUAGUGUUUGGGCCGAGGAAAAUGUAAGAACGAUAGAUGGAUCGUCUAUCUUAUUGACUGUUUUGGCCAAUAAGCACUGCACAGAAGGUGUAGGCAUGAAACAUUAAGGGGCAUAUCAAAUUAGCAGGAUGAAGAACAUGGGUUGAGAGACAGUACCUUCUAGUGUUUGUUUGGAUAGAGUAACUUUAGGACUUGAUGUAUUUUUAGGAAGUAAUUAAAAUUACUUGGGUUAAAAAAUUCAUUGUAUGUAUUUUCAUCCCUUUCUUAAAGUGGC